AUGAAAUCCUUUUUGGGUCUGAUAUUGGUAGCAGUGGUGCUGAGUGUUGCCUCAGCAGGACACAUUCACGGCGGCUGGAACCCCGGCUACAGUUACAGUGCCCCCAUUGUAUACUCACGCCCUGUAUACCCGAGCUACUAUAGUGGCUGGUCUGGUAACGGCUGGAACAGUGGCUAUAACGGUGGAUGGAACAGUGGAUGGAGAGGAGGAUGGUGG